AUGAAGGCUCGGCGCUUUCGUCCGCGUGCUGCGGGGGGUCGUACAAAGGUCCGGCGAAAGCUUCGCCUUGUGCUCGCGCUGCUGUUCUUCCUGCUCUGCCUCUUCCUGCUCCAACGCCUGCUGUGGCGGGAUUCAGUGAUAAACAUUAACAGUGCGUUGUUUUUCGUCCCCGCCGGCGGCAACACCAACACCCUGACGGUGGUUGUGACGGAGCUUCAGUCUGCUUACAGCGGGGUGACGGCAGCGGAGGCGGGGCCUCGGCUGGAGCAGGCGCUGCAGCGCCGGGCGUGGUGCACAUCCGCGUCGCCGACGCAAAGUGUGGCGCUCGUACUGAUCUUUUACGCUUUGCUGGAGACACCCCGGUGGUCCCGCAACCUCCCGGUGCAGUGUGUCGCGUGCGGCAAGAACGACCCCUGGCACGUGUGGACUGUUGACCUCGCCGGCUUGCAAACCCGCGAGACGUUGGACGUGGCACCGUGUGUGACGGAGGCCCACAUCAUCUUUGCCCACAAGGCGGAGAAGGUUACCAAGUUGAACCACGGUGUUGACCCGGCGAUGGUGCGUGCGGCGUUGGCGGUGGUGCCUCGCACUGAUUACUUCCUUCUUAUGGCGGAUUUUGUGGUCCCCACGGGGGACGACUUUAUGCAAAAAAUGCUCCUACCAUUGAAGAGGAACGAUGGGCGCGUGGCGGCGGUGCAGUGCACUUUGCUGCAGAAGCGCAAGGAGCGGACGCGAAAUAUGAGCGGCAACGUGGGGGGGUUCUCCCUCUCCGACCAUAGCAUUGUAGACCGAGGUGUCUUUGUGGGCCUGGGUGUGAUGAAGGGGAAGCGGCUCCUGCUGCCGUACUUGACGCGCCGGUUCAACGGCAACCCCGCCACGGACGGCCGCGUCUCGGAGCCCGAGGUGGUCGACGCUGUCUCGUCCUUCUGCACACUCUACCACCGUGCCGCGUUUGAUGCCGUCGGUGGGUUUCGCGAACUCACCCCCGGCAGCGUCCCGAGCGCGUCCUCCGCGCCCGACAUUGCUGGCUGGGACCAAAGCAUUCGCCUGCAGGAGAAGUACACGUGGUGGCAGGUGUUGAGCAGCGCGGCCUUAGGGGUUCUUGACAGCGACGUCACUUUGCCGCACUUGGUGUCCACGCUGCUGCGUAAACCGGCCUUUCCCGCCACCGACCGUUGGGGGAAGAAUAACUUUGAAACCCUGCAGCGACUACACAACCGCCGAUUCGGAACCCCCCACCGCAGCCGUGAUGUGAGUUUUUUUGACAACGAGAAGCCGCUGGCGCCGUUGAUUUUCUUUGCACGCGACUACUCCUGUUCUUGCUGUGGGCUGAUGCGAGAGGUGACGGGCUACCUGCGUCCGCUGGCGGAGCGGUACGGGGUGUCGAUUCUGACCCCCGUGUGGUACGGCUUCUGCUCCAGUGCGGUGGGGUCGGAGUUGGCCAUGCUGGAGCUCACGGACGAGCUGCACGUGGAGCGGUUUUUCUCACCUCUCCCCCACAGCCCUGUCUGGCGUGCGGCGUACGAGGCGCGCCGCAAGAUUGUCGUUAUGCACCUGCGUGCGCACACCUACAAACGGGUGCACGCCACGGUGCCGCACAAGAUGGAUUACUUUAUCGGCAGAAGCCUCAGCGAGUUUUCCCGCAUUCCGCAUAGCUGGGUGCAUGGGAUGCAGUAUUACGCCAACGAGGUGUGGUCAACCGGUGAGUUUUUUAGCGCCGUCUACCGCCGUGCGGGGGUUGCGGCGGAGAAGAUCCACGUCAUUCCUGAGGCUCUAAACGUGCACUCGUACAACCCACGCGACUGUGACACCCUGACCUUCCCGAUGCCGCUGCGGCGGUCCUACACCAACUUGCCGGAGCUUUCCCCAGAGGAGCAGCGGCGCCGCUUUAGGUUCCUGACGGUCAUGAAGUGGGAGGGGCGGAAAGGGUGGGACAUCCUGCUGAAGGCGUACUGGCAGGCCUUUGGACCCACUUCGCCGCUGCAUAACCACGUCUCCCUCUACAUGAAGGUGAAGUGGGUUAAGGCAUACUCCGGCAACGCCGGGGACAACAACAUCCACGAGCUCAUUGCGAACUGGGCGUCGAAGAACUUGCCAGGGUUUACCUCCAUGAAGGAUUUCCCGCACAUUGUAUUCCUGAGCGGUGAGGGGUACGUGAGCGAGCGGCUUUUGCGGCAGAUGUACUGCUCUGUCGACGCCUUUGUGUUUCCCACGCGUGGCGAGGGGUGGGGGCUGCCGGCGACGGAGGCGAUGGCGAUGGGCGUGCCGAUUCUAGUGACCAACUGGGGUGGUACAACCACCUUCAUGUCGUCCAACGCCACCUUUGCCAUAGCUGUGGACGGGCUAGAGGACGCGCCGGACGGCCUUGGCUACGACACGUUCCCGGGCAACAAGUGGGCAAUACCGAGCGUGCAGAGUGCGGCGGACACGAUGCGGUACGUUGUGGAGAAUCCCGCCCACGCACGCGCCGUGGGGAUGCGGGGGCGGCAGCUCAUUAAGGAGCACUUCAGCGAGGAGGCCAUUGCUGACCGCUUCGACUCCCGUUUCGCCGCGGUGACGCGAAUGCUGGUAUUUGGGCGGUGA